AUGACUCCGUUUCUUCCAAAGAAACGUGAGAAUGCUUCAUGUUCAGAAUUCGAAUUGGAUUUGAUUGAAUAUUUGGAUAGCUAUGGUGAUAAAUUAAAGCAUAUUCGAAAUAAAGUGAAGGAAUAUGACUUUUCAACUGUCAAGGCGAAAUUAAUUGCAUCAGUACCGGGUUAUCAUGUUAAUGAAAGAAUGGAACGAUUUGGGCACAUGAGGCUUAGGAAUGUUUUAAGACACGUCACUAUCCCGUUAUCAUGUAAACUUGAAAGUACCGUUAUAUGCCAAUUCUCCAGCGUCGGAUCACUAGGCAAAGACGAGAGUUGGUUGAUAAAUGAAUUCGCAGAUAGUCUAAAUCAUGCAAAAAAUCAAAAUCAAUGCAGUGACCCGGAAAUAAAAUUAAUCUAUCCAACUGUUGAGAAUGUUCGCGAUAGUUUGGAGGGAUGGGCGGCUGGUCGAGCAUUACCUUUUAGUCAUGAAAAUUAUUUAAAACAAAAAGUUUACAUGCAGAAAUAUUUGAAUAAAUGGAAGGCAAUUGAGGCCGGGAGAGAUCGUGCAAUGCCACAUAUCAAGACAUAUUCUCGAAUGAAAAUUUUGUCGAAUUUGUCAACAAAUAAUUCAGAUUCAAAUGCAGAUAUUGCAUGGUUUUUAUUGACCAGUAGCAAUUUAUCCAAAGCUGCAUGGGGCACUUUACAAAAGAAAGGCAAACAGUUGAUGAUACGAAGUUACGAGUUGGGUGUAUUAAUCUUUCCAGAAUUAUUCCAUAAAGUUGAAUUUACUUCGGUCCACCUAAUAAAUUCUAUUCCUCGUAAUUUAAAACCUACAUUACCAUCUUGUAACACCACUUCUUCAAAUUCAACUCUAUCUAAGAAAAGGAAUCGAUUGGAAGAAGGAGGAACAUUGAUAAUUCCUAUUCGUUUACCUUAUGACCUACCAUUAACACCAUAUAAUUUUCAAGGUGGUGAUGAAUGCUGGACAUGGAAUAUACCAAGAACUGAAACGGAUUGGCUAGGAAAUAUAUAUAGACCUUGA